AUGGCAUCCGUAACAAGCAUUCUACGCGCAUGCGCCGCGCUCGUGAGCGUUGUAUUGGCAGUCAAUCCGGUUGUGGUCAAAGAGCAGGAGUUCAUCGACAGUGUCACAAACCAGCGGUUCAUGAUAAUAGGGGUCGACUACCAGCCAGGUGGGGAGGGCGCAUAUGGUACAGGCAACGGUGAUCCGCUCAGCAACGGGACGUUGUGUCUGCGAGAUGCAGCGUUAAUGCAGGAUCUGGGCAUCAACACCAUCCGAAGCUACAACGUCGACCCUACGCUCAAUCACGACGAAUGUGUAUCGAUCUUCAAUGAGGUCGGGAUAUAUAUGAUUAUCGACGUCAACUCACCUCUAUCCGGGCAGUCGAUAGAUCGCUCGAAUCCGUCUGGAUCAUACUCGACUAGCUAUCUUCAGCACAUCUUCACAGUCGUGGAAGCCUUCAAGUCCUACCCAAAUGUUCUUGGCUUCUUCGCCGGCAACGAGGUGAUCAAUGAUGUCCCGACAGGCGGAGCCAAUCCUCCAUAUAUCCGCGCCGUGCAGCGCGAUCUCAAGAACUACAUCGCUGCGCACUCGAAGCGACAAAUCCCAGUUGGCUACAGUGCAGCUGACGUUCGCGAUGUGCUGGAAGAUACCUGGGCAUAUCUGCAAUGCGACAACAGCAACGGUAGCGGCACCGAUAUCUCGCGCUCCGAUUUCUUCGGACUCAACAGCUACAGCUGGUGUGGCGAUCAAUCCAGCUUCACAGUGUCCGGUUAUGAUCAGCUCGUGGCGAUCUUCAGCAAUACCACUGUUCCUGUGUUCUUCUCUGAAUAUGGCUGCAACAAGCCUACGCCUCGGGCUUUCGACGAAGUGCUUUCGAUAUACGGACCACAGAUGACCACUUUGUCUGGUGGCCUCGUAUACGAAUGGACGCAAGGAACAGACGAUUUCGGCUUGGUUCAGACCUAUGGCAACGGAUCCCUGCAAUUACUCGGAGAUUAUGAUACACUUAUGAGCCAGUAUACUAAGCUCAACAUCACCCUGCUGGAGUCGAGAAAUAGUACUGCUACAUCUCUCACCCCACCAAAGUGCAAUGCCAACCUCAUAUCUGGCGAUGGCUUCAGCACAGAUUUCAAUAUUCCACAGCCACCUUCUGGUGCGCAGCAGCUUAUUUCAGCUGGUGUUUCGAGUGCUCCGACUGGUUCUAUCGUCUCGGUAACACAGACGAGUGUGCAGCUCCCUGUGUAUGCGACCAAUGGUGGCGAAAUAUCCGGUCUGAAGAUCCAGGCUGUCAGCACGGCGAACCAUCCUGGUCAAGCUAGUGGGCUGUCGACAGGUAACGUACCAAGUGCUACUGCCUCCGGCUCUGGCGCAUCUUCGAGACCGAGUGGCACCGGUUCAUCGACAGGAAGUGCAGCCAGUGCGACCACGAGUAGUGGGGCGUACAGAGGAGAUGCUCAAAUGGGUGGAGGCGCUUUUGCGGCGGCCGCCAUGGGUGUUGUUGCUUUUGCUUUGUGA